AUGUCCUCUUUGGAAGAAAAAGUGAUUGCUGUUACCGGUGCCGCGUCUGGUAUGGGCCUGGCAACCGCAAGACUCGUUGCGCUCCAGGGCGGUUCUGUUUCGCUAGCCGACAUUAAUGAAGAGGAACUUCAACAGGCAGUGACCCUGGAUUACCCAGAAAGGCACAUGAUUUCAGUUGUCGACGUACGCUCCAGCAAAUCAGUGGAUGAAUGGAUUGAAAUGACCGUACAAAAGUUUGGAAAGCUAGAUGGUGCAGUGAACAUGACUGGUGUUAUUUCUCCGGCUAAGCCAAUCACCGAGCUGACGGAAGAUGCAUGGAUUUCAACUUUUCUGUCAAUACGCGUGGCGUCUUUCUUUGUCUCAGAGCACAAUUGA